AUGUUUCUGGAUCCCGAGCCACUUUCCAAACGGAAAAAGGACAUGUCCUCUGGUUUCUUCUCAUCACAGCGACCGGUAACAUCAGCACGAAACCACCCGGCGCGAACGAGUUGGCGAAAAGCAUCGCUUCACGAGAGAUCCAAGUCGGAGAACAACCAACAGGAACCUAAUCUCACACUUCCAGAACAACUUGCUACAGUACGCUUAGUCAACGCUUCUCCUGCGCCAGAAUCACCACCACACCACGGAGUCGACGGCGAUGAUGCCAACGAAGAAAACUGGGAGGAAAAUCCAACUGCACUGCCACGCUUACCCCAGUCAGAUCAGCUCGCUCAGUUCAAGGAAACUAGCGUGAGAUACCCAGCAACUUCGGCUGCAGACCGGGAGCACGAUGUUUCAGAAACCAACACGCCGGCAAAUGAGGUGCAGACUGCGGACAAUGCGCCCGGUAUAACCCUGUUACCGGACGAGUGGCAGCACGAACUACCUCCGCCAGUAUGGCACCGUCGCAACACGUCCUCGGGCUACUAUUCCCAAGCAUCCACUUUGCAAGAUAGCGAAAUUGCGUACUCCAAAAAGAGCCGGAAGAGUGAAAGAUACAGCACCCUCAGUCAGCUUUCAACUCUGCGUGGAACACCAACGCCACACGAGCAGGAAACUCGGGAGCGUGCAGAAGUGGAAGCGUCUGCUAGGUCAGGCCUUGCACAGGCGUUGCAGACACUGCAGGAAGCCUCCCCAGAACGGCCAGAGAGAUUGUCGACAAUUAGACCAGUUCCCUCAUCUGACACAUCCUCGCCGACAGACCCGGAGCCAGGAGCCCGAUCUCUGGAAACUUCACCUGUCAGGCCGCGUACAGCACCAUCGGACUUGGAGCAACCUUCAAGCAGCGAAGGCACACCUCAGCAAAGCUCCAAGAGGACGUUGUCUGCUGGCUCCAUUCAGCCCUUCUCGAGUACUCCCAACUGGCGGGACGUUCCAGGAACUCCAGCAUCUCACCAUCAACGAGACGGAAGUCCAGAGUCGCAGGCGAUCUCUGAAGCAACUUUUCCUAACACUUCGUCCCCUAACUUUAUCGCAUACACACCUGACUCGGUUCGGCCAAUUUCCAAAAGCGACCAUCCUAUACACGGUGCUACUUCCAUUGAUUCAAUCAAUUCGCGCCUGAAAUACGGACCUGCUGGACGGCCUCAUACGGGUCGUAGCCUUACCAAUAGUGGCUCUCGGGCAUCACUCACAUCUUCUAAUGAUACUCUGCCACCACUCUACAUCCCGAAGAAACGACUCCGUCACAAAGCUGCAUCCGAGUCUCUGAGCUUACAGGCAGAGGCUCAAGCAUUGGAGGAAGCUCAUGACAGCGAAGCCAUGGACGACAUCGAUACCCUGCCAUUCCCAAAGCGACCUUUCAGCAGCCAUCUCAGCACGAUCGCCAGCGAAAGCAGCCGGACCGCAAGCCAACAUUUGAGCCACUUCUCAUUGGGGAGUGGAGUACUGACUGGAGAUGAUGCCAGUAGUUCACCACUUUCUCCUGGUCAUCGACGGCAAUGGAGCGCGCCCGCAGAGUCGGUCGGAUCGGGCCCGCGGUCAACUGGUACUCGAGGGACGAGCAGCAGCGAGUUUCAGGAAGAUGCAGGUGACAUGACAUUGGGCAUAUUCCGCGAGCAUUCGGCAAUGCCAGAGCCACUGUUCAAGACGAACGCUGCUUCAGGGUCGAAUUCGAUGGACGCACCGAGAAGAUACGAUGGACCUCUCCCUCCAAUGCCGCCGAUUCCGAAGAGCCGAGACAGCGAUGAGAACUUCGAUACACUAUCAGAGUUGCAAGCUCCAGCGUUGCAGCAGAAGAGAUCAGGAUAUUCGCUCCGAGCACGGAGUAACAGCACAUCCACGCAUUCCAGGCAGCUGAGCCAGGUUAGCAAUGUUGAGAGCGAGAGGACAAGCCAAGGCAGCACUCUGUUUCCAACAUGGGCGAAGCGGUUCUACUCGGGUACACACGCGCUGCAAAGCAAGACAUCCUUCGGCAGCCUAUCCGCUGGAAUCAGACAACCCGCCAGACAUCAACGAGGCGACAGCGCCUAUACGGACCGCAGCAUCACCAGCAGGCUGGGUACAGGCUACAGUAACGUCGACUCCUCCAGCCCAGUCCGCAGCCACUUUCUCCCAGCGAUCUUCCGCCCACGAACCCGCAAACGCAGCCUCGAGCAUCAACGCAACAGCCGCGACAGCCGUUCCUCCAAGAUCCGCAAAUCUGGCACCUCCCGCCGCUCACGAGACAGACCCUUCCAAGACACCCGCGACUCCAUGGCCAUCCACCGCGACCCCCUCCCGCAAGACCCCUACGAAGAAGGCCCCAAAGACAGUGCCGCCGAGAUCCUCCCCUCCGGCCAACCAAAAUGGGGCCCCCUCAAGGACCCCGCUCCCAGUCCACCCAGAGACGAAAACGACCACCGCAGACCUCGCCUCCCUCGGAGAUACAGCAAACAACGCCAAUGGGACCAAAUGGAAUUCCCCCGCCCCAUGACCAAAGACCGCCUCUCAGACUUCGGUGCCCACUCCGACGACCACGACCACACCCUGCGACUCCCCCGCCUCGCCCCCUCCAAACGAACCUCCCAAAACCGCCUCUCCGCCUGGCGCCCCCCCUCCUUCGUCUCCUCCCUUGACACGCUCAUAACCUCCCGCCACAACCGGCAAAUUCUGCUCUUCAUGCUCGGCUUCCUAUGUCCGCUUACCUGGAUGCUCGGGGCAGUCCUGCCAUUACCGAAGAAGCCCGUGUCUGCGGGGGAUUUGGAGGCGAAUUUGGGGAAUGGGCCGAGUGAGGAGGAUGUGCAGAUGGCGAUGAUGAAGCAUGAGGCGGGGGAUGCGGAGAGGCGGUGGAGGGAGGAGAAGGUUUAUUAUAAGGCGCGGUGGUGGAGGGUUUUGAAUCGGGUUAUGAGUGUGGUCGGGUUGGGGGUUAUUGGGGCUGUGAUUGCCCUUGCUGUCGUCGCUACCACUUGA